UUGGUGGACUCUCCAUUCUUCCUUCCAACUGCACUGGGUAACACAAUUUGGUUUAUCGCAGCAGUUUAUUACGUAUACAUAACAUUUUUAGGAUAUACUGCGUUGCCUAUUUUGCAUCGAACGCAGUAUUUCCUUUAUCCAAUGACGUUCCUGUUCAUUUCAUGGGUAGCUACGAUAACGGCAGGGUGGAAUAUCUCUAGAAGCGCCAUGGGCUUUUACCACUACAGAGUUCGAGCAGAUGAUUAA